CAGGUAAACAUAACGUCCAAGAACAAGCUUGAUACACCAAUAUCCGUUUGAAAAACUGUACAAACUACGUUUUAGAAAACAAAAAAAAAUAUGGUCUGCGAAAAGUGCGAAAAGAAGCUGGGCAAGGUGAUCACGCCGGAUCCGUGGAAGACGGGCGCGCGGAACACCACCGAAGGCGGCGGACGCAAAAUCAACGAGAACAAGGCGCUGAGCAGCGCCAAGACGCGGUUCAACCCGAUCGGGCCGGUGGGCGGGAGUUUCGCACCGUGUCGGAUUUGCAAGCAAAAGAUUCACCAAGCCGGAAGUCACUACUGCCAGCAGUGCGCGUACAAAAAGGGAAUCUGCGCCAUGUGCGGGAAGAAGCUUAUUGACGUUAAGAACUACCGACAAUCGUCGACGUGAGCAGGGAGUUUCGGAAGCGAACUCUAGCUUUAAAUACGUUUUUUUAACGUUUUAGUAUAAAUCUCUCGUAUAAUUGUACUCUCUCAAGUAACUAAACUUUUGGUUUUGAUGGCAUAUUGUACACAUGACUAUGAAUAAAUUGGUUAUUUGUUACAUACCUAA